GAUAUGAAAAGACAAUCAUAAAUAAUUUUCAAGUUUAUAAACUGUCAUCCUUUGUAAAUAUUUUCAACAGUUUUUUUGUAUUCAAGUUUAGUGAUUGCUUUCAUUUGAUCUGAAAAAAUGUGAUAUUGGAGUAAAUUAAAAUUACAAUCUUCUAUAAAGGAUUAAAUAAAAAAUACUGUGACUAGAAUGCUGUGAUAAAACAACAUGACUUAUUUACGAGGUAGAACAUUGUUAACGGUUUUUUUCAUGGUUGCCUUGACAUUAGUGGCAAUAAUAUAUCACAUAUUAAAUAAUGAUAACGGUAAUAUAUCAACAAAAGAUUCAAAUUUACGUAAAAAGGUAGUCGACGAUAAUCUUCUUUCAGAUUUGACGGAAGACUCAUCAAAUGUUGCAAGAAGACAAAAAAUUGAAGCUCAAAUGCUCGAGAAUUAUCGAGCUAACAAUAAGAACUAUGAAUCCUCUAGCAAUAAUAAGUACAACAGUAUGAUGUCGAAUGAAUCUCUCUUCAAAGGGCAUAAAAUAGUUCAUCUAGAUUUAAAAGGAGCACCACCAGUCAUGGAUUAUUACAGAUAUUUAUUCAAGGUAUUUAAGGAUCUUGGAGCUACGGGAAUUUUAAUCGAAUACGAGGAUAUGUUUCCUUAUAAAGGUAAAUUAAAAGAUAUUAGUGCAGAAAAUUGUUAUUCAAAAGCAGAUGUCAUGACCAUCGAAAAUUUAGCCAAAGAAAAUGGCCUUAUUGUGAUACCUUUAGUACAAACCUUUGGUCACUUAGAAUUUAUUUUAAAACUUGAUGCAUAUAAAAAUUAUCGAGAAGUCAUGAGAUAUCCACAGGUUGUAUGUCCAACUUACAAUGGAACUCAGGAUCUUAUUCGUGAAAUGAUUGAUCAAGUUAUUAAUGCACAUCCCAAUAUUAAAUAUUUACAUAUAGGUGCUGAUGAAGUAUACUAUAUUGGAGAAUGCUCAAGAUGUUUAGACGAAAUGGUAAAAAGACAAUGGAGUAAAAAAAAAUUGUUUUUAAACCAUGUUGAAAGUAUUGUACGUUAUAUUAAAAAUAAAUAUCCACAUAUAACAGUUCUCAUGUGGGAUGAUGAGUUUAGGGAUAUCACUCCAGAAGAAAUUUUCAAAAGUGGUUUGAAUAAACUUAUUGAACCUGUUAUUUGGAAAUACACAUCUGAUUUAAGUACAACAUUAGUUGAUCAACUUUGGGAAAAUUAUGCAGCUGUCUGGCCAGAAGUUUGGAUCGCAACUGCAUUUAAAGGAGCAACAAAGCCAGACCGUUAUUACACGGAUAUUUUAUAUCAUAUUGAAAAUCAUCAACGAUGGUUAGAAAUAAUAGACAAAUAUUCUCAUCAGAUUAAAUUUAAAGGUGCCAUUUUAACUGGUUGGCAACGAUAUGAUCACUUUAGUGUACUCUGUGAACUGUUAGCUCCUGCUUUACCAUCUUUAGCUGCUAAUCUUGCAAUACUUCGAGCUUCUAAUGUUAAUAAUUUCAUUAGUGAACUACCGAGUGAAGCAGUAGAAGCUUUAGAUUGUCAAAGUACGGUAUCUCUUACUAUUCCUGAGCCUCAUUACGGUUGGACUAAAUGCAAGUUUCGAGGAGUAGAAAUUUAUUCAGUAAUACUCAGACUCUUUGGGUUAAACCAAGAAAUUAAUCAAAUGGAACAAGAUAAUACUUUUAAAGGAUGGCUCAAACCUUACAACGUUAAGUAUAAAUUUUCAAAUCCAAGUCAUGUUGAACGAGCUGUUACGGAUUUAAAUAAGUUUAAAAUGGAGCUCCUUUACAUCGAAAAAGAAAUGCAAUCUGCUAUGAGUGGCAUUUAUGAUAAUUAUACAUUUACAGAGUGGAUUGAAACUUAUGUAGCACCACUUAAUGAUAAAAUUAAUAGUUUGUGGGAUGCAAAAGAAAGCAUUUUAGAGAAAAACUCAUGGCCUCGAAGACCAUUACAAAAAACUGAAUUAUAAAAUAUUUCUUGAAUGAUAUUUUAUUUAAUAACUGAUUGUUAACUAACAAAUUCAUCUUAAUCUGUCUUCUACGUACUAUUUGUUUUUUUUAGUAUAUUUAACAUUGUUUUGAAAACCUGUUAUUAAAAAUGAAUUAUCAAUUGUUAUGACUAUUAGUCAAAAAAUACGUAUAUUUCUUCCUUAUACAAACGUAAUACGUAUAUUGAUUUUAAUUACAAAACAAUAAAUAAGUCAAUCCACCUGGCAGUACAUGUGAUAAGGCUGAAAAAUUAAGACAAAACGUUGCAAUAUGUGUAUUUAUACAGUGAUUUGAAGCAUAUUUAAUAAAUGGGGAAUACUUCCAUAAAAGUAUUAUCGCAUAAUAUAACUUUAUCAAUAAAAAAUGUUUAUCCAAUUUUUAUUAAA